AUGGUCAGCUUUGACGUGUUCCAGCGCGCUCUGGAUGGGGACGCUACGAGGACCAGCGAAUCACAAUACCACAGCAGUGCACCGUCGCUGGCGGUUGAAACUCCCCUGGAGCAGACGCAUGCUCUUCUGACCGAAUCGCAAAUUGUUAAUCUGCCUAGGCGAUCGCUCUCGGGUUCCCAAAAAGGGGUCCCCACUUCUAUGAGAGGGUCCCACGAUUUCAAGGACCGUGAGAUCGUGCGACUGCAAUGGUCCCUCACCGACUUGCAGACCGCAAACAAAGCCAAGGAUCUCGAGCUUUGCGUUGCCCGGCAAGAGCUUCUUAACGCCAAAGAUGCGCUCACAAAGUCGCUCACAGACAUUUCCGCCCUGCGUGAUGACAUGAAGACUAUGAAUCAAACUCUCGGAAAGGAUCACCAAGCCAUUGUUUACCGGAAAGACAUUGAAUUGUUUGCUCUACGCAAAGGCAACGAGCAGAGAGAGAGACACAUGCAGGAAAAGGACGCACAGCUGAACGAGACCUUGCGGCAACAACACGCCACCCUGGAGUUGAAGGAAGCACAACUCAACGUCCUCAAGGAACGACUCUCUCUGAUGGAGCGCCAGGCCAGCCCUAGGUUCGGCCACGACGCCCAGUUCGAGGAGAGCAAUAAUGGUGACCAUGCAUUGGAGGUUCGCUUGUUGCGCGUUAAGAGGGGUCGGCGGUCGUUGUCAGGUGCUGAAGAAGAAAAGGACGCUAUCAUCGAGCAGCUGAGGUGUGAGCUUGCUGCUGCCACCAAGUCUGCCGAGGACGUCGUGAACCAACAGGCAGAACUACAAAGAGCUUGGGAAAUAAGCAAGAAGAUCCAAAACGCCCUCAAAGAAGAGCGCGAGCGACACGACCAAACCAAAGCUUUUCUGGAGGAAGCCAGCGCAGAGUUGGAAGACGUCCAAUCGGGCAGGAAGAGGAGCAGGAGUGACCCUUCAGGACGUCUUCCUACCAUCGAGGAGAACGACCAGAACGAGCUCGAAGCAAUGUUUGAUACCGCCCAGCAGGACAAUCUGCGCCUACACAUGGAACUCGAAGCCCUUGACAAGAGGGUUCGCGAUGCCAAUGCACGUGUCUUCGCUGCUGACCACGAGAUCGAGGCUCUACGUGAGCAAGUGCGAUUAGAGCAUGCCAUCAACGAAGACAUGGAGACUGCACGACCCAGUGUUGUCCACCGUGUCCACUUUCAGCGCAUGGAGGGUCAGCUCAAGGAAAGCAAAGACAACCUCGCCAAGAAAGAGGUGGAGGUUCAAGAGAUGCGAGCUACAUUAGUCGAGAAAGAUUGUCAGCUCGAAACACUCAGGAAAGACCUGCAGAAUGCCAUAAAGAGCAGCGACUCUGUGCGAAGCGAGGUUGAGCGUCUAAAGCAGUCUGUCGCCGAUCUCGAGGCCGCGAGGGAAAGACUGGUGCAAGACCACGAGCGUCUCGCCGCGCCACGCUCCCGACACCGUGUGCCUUCCGCUGAGUUCAACUCGGCACGAACAAGCGGUGCGACGCUCACUAACGAACAGAGCCCGCCACCAAGGCUGGCUAGGGCUUCAGAUGACGUUCCACCUGUGCCCACUGCACCUAUGCUGGGCAGCCCGACCCUGGGCAGUGCGCCAGACAGAGAUACCAGUCGCCGUCACAUCAGGAAGCAAAGUGACACGCAGCGGCAUAGCGUGACGACUAAUGCCGCACUGCCAGUGGAGGUGCGCCAAGCGAAGCGUAAGAGCGGUCUUGGGCUGAGAGACAUGGUGAAGCGCAUCGUCAAGAAGGACAAUAGCAUUGAGGGCACACUCCGAAGCCCGACCAUGAGCGAAUCUCACUGGGGGAAUACUUCCACCUCGACUGUCAACAACCCCGCCCCUAAAUCUGCCGCAGCAUCUCGCCCUGAGCGCCCGCUCUCCCUUCAGUCCCCUCCACCAGUCCACCAGAAGGAUGAAAACCCAAUCCCCCGUCCCAUCCCCCGUCCCAUCUCAGGCCCUCAAAACAUGACGACCCGCCCACGUACAAGCACAGCCCCAACGGCAUCCGUUCCACGCCGCUUCCCCAGUCGGAAGGAGCUUGACGAGCAACAUCUGCAACGGCCGCGCACAGCAACACUGCCCAGCAUCGCAACACAGACGGCUGCUCUGCCGGAAGCCGUGCGACCACCCAACCCAAGACGAAGCUCGCAGCCAAGAUACUACACAAGCCCCACCGCGGUCGCCAUCGACAGCAAAGAGGAUUUGAGAUUGCAAGACGCCAGGCCCCAGACUGCAACAGCACCCUUGACCGGCAUAGCCGAGGGACUGGAUAAGCCGACAAAACACGACUCGGGUCUCGGCGCCAUCUCAGACGGCGAGAAGAGCAAGCUCAGAAGACUGAGUUGGGGCAACACAGCGAGUAUGCUGAAGAGGCGCUCGCUUUACUGA